AAGAGGUCAGAAAGAUGACAGAAACAGCUUGUUUGAGUGGAUUUUAAAGUAAAUCUGUAUGACCAAAGAAAGAAAGAAAGAAAGAAAGAAAGAAAGGAAGGAAGGCAGCUUUGCUGGUAAAGUGAGACGACUGGGAACUACUGAAGGAAUUAUCCCUGGUUCUAUGGCACAUGAGUGAGGUGAGCCCAAUGUUGAAAAAUAACUGUAGGCUAAAGAACUCACCUAAAGAACAAGUUAAGCCUGGUAGCAACACUAGCAGUGUUUGGCCACAAAAGUCACACACUGGAGCUUAAAAACACAGCUGGAUUUCAUUGAGUCAAAACGGAUCAGUGCUCUGCAACAAUGCAAAAUAUCCCUCACUUUGGCCAUUUGAUUUUUCUCUAUGCUGUGACUAAGAGUGUUGAAAUAAUCAUAUCUCUUCUUGCUGGCAUUCAGUUUCCUGAGUUAGUUUGAUGUGACACUGUUUGGGGUCAAAUUGAUUUUCAGGUCUUUGCAAAAUGUACUUUGGCAUACAUACUAAGUUUGACAUGUCAUGUCAAGAGCAAGUACACCUAACCCACGGUCAACAUAACUUGGUCCAUGGUCACUGACUAUUUACACAUCAUGUGCUUAAGGGACAAAUAAGAAAUAAUAUCUUCAAAUUCACAACUUUGAUGCUGUUUGGCAUGGUAUGCUUAUUAUGGCUGAUAGGGAGUGGCCAACUGAAGGGGUGGGAUGUAGUGCUGGGAGUAAACAGGCUCACCAUAUUAUAAAAGUACCUGCACACAUCCUUGUUCCUCACAGCACCCAGUGAACUGUCCAGAUCACUUGUUGUUGUGGAGCCAUGGCCAUGAAGUGUACUGCAGUGUGCCUUAUGGCACUGUCCUUGCUUGGGAGCUUCUGCGAUGCUCAGUGGAGCGGCUACAAGCCCUCAAAACCUUACCAGAAGCCAGCAGUUCCGACGAGACAGGAGCCCAUCAAAAAGAUUGCUCCACCCCAGCAGUCAAAGCAGGACUAUGAGAAACCACUCACCUGGGUAUAUCCUCAAGUUGUUCAGCCCGAGCCCCAACCUGCCGUGCCUUUUGAGCUGAGAUAUCCUGUUCCUGCUGCAACAGUUGCAGUCCAGUGCAGAGAGAGUAUCGUUCAUGUGGAAGUUAAGAAGGACAUGUUUGGGAUUGGCCAGUUCAUCAAUACCGCUGACCUCACCCUGGGAAGCUGUACCGCUGUUGCAGAGGACAAUGCUGCUCAAGUGUUGAUUUUUCAAUCUGAACUCCAUGAGUGUGGCGGCUCACUGACAGUGACAGGAGAUUCCCUCAUUUACACCUACACGAUGAACUAUAAUCCCCAACAUAUAGGUGAUUCUCCUGUGGUGAGGACCAGUCAAGCUGCUGUAUUUGUGGAAUGCCACUACCCAAGGAACCACAAUGUGAGCAGCCUUCCCCUUGACCCCCUCUGGAUCCCAUUCUCUGCAGUUAAGGUGGCAGAGGAGUUCUUGUCCUUUACACUGACACUUAUGACAGAUGACUGGCAAUAUGAGAGGCCAAGCUACCAGUACUUCCUGGGGGAUAUUAUUAAUAUUGAGGCAACUGUCAAGCAAUUCUUCCAUGCUCCCCUUCGUGUUUAUGUGGACCACUGUGUAGCUACUCUUUCCCCUGAUGUGUCCUCCAACCCCAAAUAUGCUUUCAUUGAGAACAAUGGGUGUUUGGUUGAUGCCAGACUCACAGGCUCAGCCUCCAGGUUCAUGGGCCGCUCUUCAGAUGCCAAGCUUCAGUUCCAGUUGGAGGCCUUCAGGUUCCAGGGUGUUGACAGUGGAAUGGUCUAUAUCACCUGCCAACUGAGAGCAACAUUAGCUGCGUAUCCCCUUGAUAGCCUCCAUAGAGCUUGUUCAUACAACAAUGGGUGGAAGGAGGCCAGUAGUGUUGAUACAGUCUGUGGCUCCUGUGAGUCUCCCUCAUUUGGCCCAGUCGGUGGCACAUCUGCUGCAAUUGCAAGUGGAGCAUCAACUAUUUUUGCAGGUGGUUUUGGCCCUGGUAGCAGCACUGGCAGUGGCAUUGGCGGUGGCAUUGGCGGUGGCAGUGGCACUGGCGGUGGUGGUGGUGGUGCCCAACCAGUUAUUCCCGCAAGAAAAAUUCGUGAUGUGUCCACAACUGAAGCUUUCGAAUGGGUAGGUGAUAUCGCCCUGGGAGUCUACAUUGGGGAGAGGGCUGCUUAACUCCAUUCCCUGCCACAGUAAUAUCCAUCAAAAUAAACAUUCUCAUUGGUUCAUAGAUCUGUCAGUAUGUUAUUUUCUUUCAUAGUUUUAGCAGAACAGAUUGAACAAGGAAACGACCCCAUUUACUCUGUUAAAUGCAAGAUGUAACAUGGAAGAAACAUGUUGUAAGUGUAAGAAAACAGAAAUCCCUGGGGUGAAAUUAACGUGUUUUAC